CCCAGCCCCGCUGUGAUGCCCGCGCGCCCCGGACGCCUCCUCCGGCCGCUGCCCCGGCCGCUGGCCUUAGCCGCGCUGCUGCUGCUGCUGUUGCUGCGGGGCGAUGGCGGCGGCGGGCGCGGGGGCGCCUGGGCCCAGGAGCCGGGGGCGGCGGCGGACGGGCCCCCCGCGGCCGACGGCGGGGACGGGCAGGACCCGCACGCCAAGCACCUGUACACGGCUGACAUGUUCGCGCACGGGAUCCAGAGCGCCGCGCACUUCGUCAUGUUCUUCGCGCCCUGGUGUGGACACUGCCAACGGCUGCAGCCGACUUGGAACGACCUGGGAGACAAGUACAACAGCAUGGAAGAUGCCAAGGUCUACGUGGCAAAAGUAGACUGCACGGCCGACUCGGAGGUGUGCUUGGCCCAGGGGGUGCGAGGAUACCCCACCUUGAAGUUUUUCAAGCCUGGCCAAGAAGCCGUGAAGUACCAGGGUCCUCGGGACUUCCAGGCACUGGAAAACUGGAUGCUGCAGACGCUGAACGAGGAGCCCGCCACACCAGCACCAGAAGUAGAACCGCCCAGAGCCCCCGAGCUCAAGCAGGGGCUGUAUGAGCUCUCAGCCAGCAACUUCGAGCUGCACGUCGCGCAAGGCGACCACUUUAUCAAGUUCUUCGCUCCGUGGUGUGGUCACUGCAAAGCUCUGGCUCCGACCUGGGAGCAGCUGGCUCUGGGCCUUGAACAUUCCGAAACUGUCAAGAUUGGCAAGGUUGAUUGUACACAGCACUAUGAACUCUGUUCCGGAAACCAGGUUCGUGGCUAUCCCACUCUUCUCUGGUUCCGAGAUGGUAAAAAGAUUGAUCAGUACAAGGGAAAGCGGGAUUUGGAGUCGCUGAGAGAAUAUGUGGAAUCACAGCGCCAGAGCGCAGAGAGGGGCGCCCCGGAGAUGGUGGAGCCUUCGGAGGCCCCAGCACCGGCUGCCGAGCCUGUGGCCGACCAGGGCACUGUGUUGGCACUCACAGAAAAUAACUUUGAUGACACUAUUGCAGAAGGAAUAACCUUCAUCAAGUUCUAUGCUCCAUGGUGUGGUCAUUGUAAGAAUCUGGCUCCUACUUGGGAGGAACUCUCUAAAAAGGAAUUCCCUGGUUUGGCAGAGGUCAAGAUCGCCGAAGUGGACUGUACUGCCGAACGGAACAUUUGCAGCAAGUACUCGGUACGAGGCUAUCCCACAUUGUUGCUUUUCCGUGGAGGAAAAAAAGUCAGUGAGCACAGUGGAGGUAGAGACCUCGACUCCUUGCACCACUUUGUUCUGCGCCAGGCAAAAGACGAACUGUAGAAACCCAGAUGGAAGUCACCUCUCCUGCCCGGCCUCCUGCACCCUGUGUAUUGGAGCUAAACCAUGCGGAUGUUGCUGAGUUUUAAAUGGUGGUUAUUUGGAAAGCUGAAUGUACUAAACUUGUGGUAUCUUCUUUGUGUGUUUGUUUUUUAAGCCAACACACUCUACAGACUCUUUAUUAAGUUUCUCUAAGUAAACAUGUAACUCAUGAUCCCUUUGCAAAAUAAAUAUUUUCAGUGGCCAUCUAGCA